AUGGGCACCUCACCAAUCACGCUGAGGGCCAUCUUCAGCUUCCUCUUUGUCUUCGUCCAGCUUGCCAGCGCGCUAAAAUUCGACCUGAUCGCCACCUCCGGCAGCGGCAAGAACGAGCGAUGCAUUCGCAACUUCGUCUCUAAGGACCAGCUGGUCGUUGUCACUGCCAUUGUUGGCGGUACGAAGGGUGACGGUCAGAGGGUUAAUAUUCAUAUCAAGGACGCUAUGGGCAAUGACUACGGUCGCCCUAAGGAUGUCGUCGGAGAGACACGUCAGCUUUUCACUUCGCCCGCGGACACGGCUUUCGACGUCUGCUUCGAGAACCAGCUUGUCGGCCACAACACCAUCCAGAACCCCUCCCGCCCCGUCGAACUCGACGUCGACAUUGGCGCCGACGCCCGCGACUGGAACAGCAUUCAGUCGCAGGAGAAGCUCAAGCCCGUUGAAACAGACCUCCGCCGCAUCGAGGAGAUGGUCGCCGAUAUCGUGACUGAGAUGGAGUACCUGCGUGCGCGUGAGCAGCGUCUGCGUGAUACCAAUGAGAGCACCAACGAGCGCGUGAAGUGGUUCGCUUUCGGAACUAUGGGCAUGCUUAUCGGGCUUGGUGCUUGGCAGGUUGUUUACCUGAGAGCUUACUUCAGGACACUUUACAACAAAAUGUCCGCCCCACGUAUAAUCCAUCGCCUCGCGCGACCAGUGCCAUCAUCCCUAAGCACAAUCACAAGACUGAACCGCCACCGCCAAUUCGGCGCGACAGCUCUACGUCUCAAAGAUGGCAACGACGAAGCUGCCUCGGGGGUAAAGGCGCACCGCGCCAACCAGACCAACAAGGUCCCGAACCAAUUCGUGCCCAACACAACCUCCACCAUGACAAAGGACUUCCCCAGUGUCGGCGAGAAGCCCCCGCCACCGGAGAUGCUGAACUCAGCCGAUCCCAACUACAGACCGUCCGAUCCGUACCCGGGACGGAUUGAGCAUUUCACCGGUGGUCGUCAAGACGACGGAGCGCGCAAGCCCGAGCUUGGCGUUGGUGAGAUGGAGGGUAUUACGUUUAAGAUUGAGCCUCUGAAGAGGGUUGGGGAGGAUCUUGUCACGAAGAGGGCACGUCUGCUAUACCAAAGCCGCAAGCGCGGAAUCCUCGAGUCGGACCUGCUCCUCUCGACCUUUGCAGAUGUCUACCUGGGCAAGAUGGACUACGAUCAGCUCGUCGCGUAUGACAACUUCCUUGACGAGAACGACUGGGACAUCUACUACUGGGCCACGCAGGACCCGCCAGAGGAUGUCUCACCCGACGCUCCUAAGGAGGAUACCAUCACCGAGACUUGGAAGGAGACUGGUGCCAAGAGCGGUGAAUGGGCACAGACUAUUGGCGCUUUCAGGGCUGCUUACCGGCCUAUUCCGUCGCGCUGGCAGGACUCUGAGGUUCUCACGCUGCUCAGAGAGCAUGUUCGCGAUAAGAGCGCUCUUGGCUUUGAGAAGGCCAAGAAUAAGAAGAUUGGUGGUGGUAAUGGCUUGGGAAGAAUGCCUGAUGUUCAGGUGUUCAACUCCUAA